AUGGUCGACGCUGCCUUUGCAACACCAACAAAGCCUGGUGCUGCUUCUUCCGCCACAGACAACAACGCCUCGGCCCAGAUGCAACCGCCACAGGCCGUUGCUCAAGACACCGUCAUGGCCAAUACCGAGCAAUUCAUGCCCUCUACGCCUUUUACACCCGUCGCCGCACCCACAUUAGACCAGCAAGCCUACAUGAUGAUGGCUCUUGCCAUGUCGGGAGCCGCCGGCAACGCCAUGUCUCCUCCACCAACAGUCACCCCCUCACAAGUCACAUUACCGAAUCCUAUGGAGAGCUCUUUCAACGGCCUUCCUCCUUCCAACACCCUCCGACAACCUGGCGCCGACAAGGGCCUAGAGUCCUUUGCGCGCGUAGAGUUUGCUGAUUCCGUCUUCCAGAUGACCACAUAUGCCGUCAUCAUUGGCCGCGAUCAACGUGCCCUAGAGCAGGCCCGCCGAGACGAAAAACGCGAGGAGCAGCACAAACGCAGAGUCGAAGAAAACGCCAGCAAAGGUCUACCGCCACCCUCGCCAAUGCUCAACGACCGUAGCAAGUUUAGCAAAUCCUAUGUCAGUGAGGAGGGUGGUAUGCUUGGACCAGAAUCGGAUAGCGAGGAAAGCGGACGUCCCAACAAGCGCCGCAAGACCAGUACCAAUGGUUCGGAGCAGCAGGAAGUCGACGAGUCGCAAGAAAACAUCAUCUCCAAUCGCCAGUACGUUUCUCACACGCCAGGAGCCGCAGCCGUCGACCUUGCAUCGCUCCGCCCUUCUCCCUGGCAUGUGCCAUUUAUCGGCAUCCACUCUCCAGGCCCAAAUAUCGCCAGCAAGACAAAGGCAAUCUCAAGAGAACAUCUCAAGAUUGCAUAUAACCAAGAGGAAGGCGUAUUCGAAGCUAUUCCGCUGCACAAGAAUGGCUUUUUCUGCGAAGAUGUACAUUAUAAAAGUGACAAAGUCGUCCUACGAUGCGGCGAUAGACUUCAGAUCAAGGAUAUUGACUUCCGGUUCAUGAUCAAUGGUGUAGAGCGUGGUCGUACUGGUGCCGAAGAACCGACAGAAGCAGACAAGAAGCCCAAGAAGAAGCAAACCCAUGGCGGUAAGGAAAUGAGCUUUGAAUUUGAGCAAGCUCAUGGAAACGGCCAGCUUCAAGAUACUAGCGACGAAUUGUCUGAAUUGGAAGGGAGUGCCCCCGAGUUAUCCGACCUCGGCGAAGGCGAGGACGACGAAGGUGAAUCCGAAAUCAAAGCUGAAGGUCAGACAGAGAUCGAUCCGAAUAUGCCACAAAUACCCAAGAAGAGGGGCCCCGGACGGCCGCCGAAGAACGGCAUCAUGUCUAAGAGAGAACAGAGGCUUCUUAAGAAGCAGCAACAAGAAAUGGCAAAGAAGACUUUGCCUCAGGCUCCGCCAGUCGAGCCUCCCAUUAAGCGCAAGGUUGGUCGACCCAGGAAGCACCCUCUACCAGAAAACGCCAACCCAGAGAAGCGCAAAUACAAGCCUCGCAAGCCCAAGGAGGAUGGUGCCGAAGGAUCCGAUGCUGAACGCAGAGCCAAGGAGAAGAAGGAGAAGAAGGCGCGUCCCAAGUCUCCUCCCCUUGAGCUCAAAAUUGAGGAUUACACCGAGGAGCAGUUGCAGAAGCCAAACAAGAAUUAUGGUGUGCUUAUCGACGAGACACUCACUGCUGCUGGCCCCGAUGGCUUAACGCUGAAGCAAAUCUAUAAGCGAAUCUGCCAGCGUUAUCCAUGGUUUUACUUCCAUACCGAAACCAAGGGCUGGGAGAGUAGUGUUCGUCAUAACCUUAUUGGGAACGAGGCGUUCAAGAAGGACGAGACGACAAAUCUUUGGUCGCGUGUUCCUGGUGUCGAGCUCGAUGCCGGAAAGAAACGCAAGGCUUCAUCGCCGGACCGAAACCUCGCCGCCCAAGGUUAUGGUGCGUAUGGCUAUGCGUACAACGCCCAGCACAUGGCUCAAGCUGCGCCUGGCUACCCUCCUGGACAAGUCCCUCAAGGAUAUCAGAUGCAAGGUUAUGCUGGUCAACCUGUACAAGGCGCACCCCGUCCCGUGCAGCAAUAUGCUCCCCAAACAGUUCCUGCACAAGCCACACCUGGACAGCAGGCACCGCAAGGACAACUUGGACAACCUGCAGCAGCCGUUGCCGCUCAGCCAACCACGGCUGCCCAGGUUCCUGGUUAUGGACCGCCGCCAGCACCUGCUAGACCACAAGUUGGCGCAUCACAGCAGAGUGCCUACAGUUCGCCAUACGCCUCUCGACCACCGCCUACAAACUUGCCUGUCAAGGCAGAAGACGGUGCAGCGCCAGGUCCCGCCGUUCCUGUUGCUGCUGCUGCUGUUGCUGCAGGACACCAAGCUGUACCGAUGGCUCCCCCGGCUGGCCACAAGCCCAUCGGAGCUCAUGCUGCUACCCCUCAACCAAUUUCCGCCCGACCAGCAGCUACUCCCCCAGCUCCUGCUGCUGCUGCUGCUGCUUCUGUUGCUGCUACUCUCCGACCCGUCAUUGACCCUCGCCUCUUACAGGCCGUCGUUGGCCUGAAGAAUGGUUUAGUGGAGAAUCUGAAGAAGGCCCGCAACCCCAAGGCUGAGGCUAUAGUAAUGUCUGCGCUGAACAGAUGCAUUGGCCUGAAGAAGGAUGCCACUGAGAACGACAAGAUGGAGGCCAUUUGUAUCAAGGGUAUCCGACAAGUCAUUGACGGUUUCACCAAGAACAAGAGCCCAACACCUGGCGCCACUACCCCUGGUCCCAACGACGCCCCUCCCAUCUUCGAGGCCAAGGUGCUCGCGUCGAUCAACGGCUUCAAGGAGGUCUCGAUCAAAGCCCUCAAAGCGCGUCUGGGUGAGGCAAAGGCCGAGGCAGUUACCUUGUCUGCCAUCGAUCGUGUCUUGGGUUUCGUUGACGCUAGCAUCAUGCCUCCUCCUGUGGAGGGCGAAACACCAGGCAAUUUUGAAGGUGUUGAGCAGCAUCUAAUGAAGUCUAUCCGACAGCUGCUGCAGGGCAUGAACCAAAAAGUCUCCGGAGCAUAA